AUGGGCAAGCCCGCGCCGCGCGAGGCGGACAGCCUCGCUAUGGACAUGCUCCGCGCGAUGCACCGCGAGGUCCUCACGCGCGAGCCGCUGCGCACCCUGGUGCGCGAGGGCGACGACCUCCGCCUCCAGACCAUCCUCGACGCCGCCGCGUCAGGUGAUGAAGGCGUCAUGGCUGCCUGGGAAACGUUCGUUAACCGAUUCGCGGCGGACCGUGGAGGGGCCGCCCUGCCGAGGCGUCCACCAACUUCGGAUCCACUGUUAGACGCGACCUCCGCGACGCCGAGCCAGGUUGCGGCGCGGGUGCUCGCGCGCGACAGUGCCCGCUCGGCGGCCGGCUGGACGCCCUUCGCCGAAUCGUACUGGAACGCGGAGGGGCGUUCCAGGCGCAUCGAGCGCGCAAAUGAACGCGAGGCGACACCAGCCCCGACAUUCGUGUACGACGAGCCACCCGAGCACCUGCAGCCGGGCACCCCACGGAACCAGCAGGAGGACAACGUGCGUCCGUUCGGCGUGAGCGGGAGCAUGAGUGCCAGCGGGUCAGUGUCGUUCCCGCGCACCCUUACGACCGGGUUACCCCGACGCCGGCGGCGUUCCCCGUCCCCACCCCUGUCCGAAGAGAGCAUGAGCUGGUUGCGCGAGUAUGGAACUCAACGGCGGCCGCGGGACGAGAGCCCACCCCUCCGUCGUGUCCGGCGCCGACUUGACGGGCGGCGGUUCGGGAUCGUGUUCGACACAUCGGGCAUGCCGAUUACGGCCGGAGCUACGCCCGAUGAGGUCAGUGGGAGAGAGGGUGGUGAACCGAGCGAGAGUCGGGCCGCGGUUGGAGAGGAAUCUGAGGCUGGCGGAGGUGGAGGUGAAACCCCGCCAGCGGAAACUGGACCUGGAGCUGCGCAGGACGUGGUGGCGGUGGCGGUCGAUGCCUAUGACCCGGUGCUGGACCUUCCGUUCCCGCUGAUGCCACCGCACGACAUGUUCCUUGGCAUCGAGGACUUCACUCACGAGGAGGUAUAG